AUGUCUAGCAACAUCACCGACCAGUCUGCUGCCGCCCAGGGCAACGAAACUAUCGACAAGGGAAAGGGCAAGGCCGUCCAACAGGUCACCGCCGAGGAGACUGAAGCUGAGACUUCUGACGAUGACGAAAUUGAAAUGGGGGGGGAAGAGGACGACGACGACGACCUCGCCGAGAUCGACAGCAGCAACAUCAUCCAAGGUGGUCGUCGCACCCGCGGAAAGCAGAUUGACUUCGUCGCUGCCGCGAAGGCACAGCCCGUUGCCGACGAGGACGACGAAGACGACGAGGACUUUGCCGCUCCGGAGGAUGCCGACAAAGAUGUCGACAUGCAGUAG